AUGCUGAGUGACAGGAAUGCAGCCUCAGGAGCCGAGUCUGCAGAUUCAUCCGAUUUUAAACUGGUGAGAUGUGCAUUUUUUCUGCUCUUUCAAACACUGAAAAUUAGAGAAAACUUUUGACCACAUGCAGGACUGGAGAUUACGUGAAAAAACUUUGGAUUUUCGGCUUUGAUUAUGUAGCUAGCCGGUGACUUUUUGCUGAUAUUAUAGCAAAUAUUAAAGAUGAAACAGUUUUAUUAAAAAGUUUUGCGUGCACCUACCGUUCUGCGCCAACGCCCCCGAGUUCACAACCCAGAGCAACACGAUGCGUAAAAAUCCAGGGAGUCCAGAACCAAAAGUGCAGCAGUCCAUGGCUGCAGCUGAGUGUCACAGAGAUCAGCAGGAAGAGUUAAUCGCCUGGUCCCAUUGAAAGUUUGAGUAACAAAAUAGAGGAGGUGAAAACGGCACUUUUCCCUCGAAGAAGGAGAGGCUCCAAUCUGUGCUCCGGUCGCUGCGGACUGUGACUUCACUGAGCGGGGAGCGCAAGAUGAGAUGGAGAGAGGGAGAGAGGAGGGAGGGAAGGAGGGAGAGGGGGGGUAGAAAUCACUGAAGGGUCUGUUCCUGGAGGUGGAUCCUCCGUGAUCACCCACAGACCUCUGUGCAUCAUCAUCAUCACGUGGAGAACAAUGCGUAAAUAAUCGAAAGAAAAGCACAGUCCUCCUCACAGCAGCAGCACCUCAGAGGUUUACUGCAGUUCAGACAUCUCAAACUUCAAGACUCUCUUCUGGAAACUGUAAGAAUCAAAAAAAAAAAAACUGCACAAAGAAAAAACAUGCAAACAAUCAGAGAACACGUGCGGCUGCACAACAAACAAGAGUCCUCAUUAUCUGCAGCCAAAUGACGGACUUUCUUCUGAUGAAACACUGUCAUCAGCAGACGGAGGGAGAAACAUGAAUUAAGAAUCAAACUCACACCCGAGUCUGGCCCGCAGGUUAUACUUUUCUGCAGCAGACGAUGUACAGACUGUAGCUUUAAUGUAUACAGACAGUCUGCAGCUGUAAACAGAGUCUGAGGAGCUGCAGAGGGGCCGAGCCCGCAGUCAGGCUUUAUUUUAGGAGGAGCAACACGAAGAAGAAACCACGCACAUGAUGGUCAUUAUUUAAAGUGCACAACAUGUGUGAGAAAGGCUGUUGGAAGAAACGUCUCCAGCUAAAACCCAGACUCCAAACAACGAGGAAAAACUGAUCUGAUCUCAUUCAUGAUCUCUUCAUGUGACUGAAAACAGUUCAGAGUCUGACUUUGUGUCUGAGAUGAUUUCUUGGCGGGUAGAGGCGAGAACCUGCAGAGCUGAAACGGAGAAGGUCGUCCUCCUGAGUUUGGAGUAAACAUCAGGUGCAGGAGUCCGCAGAGACAAAGACGACAUACCUUUCCACUAAAUAAAGGACCUGAGAGGAGCAGCAGGUGUUCACGCUCCGCUUCGACCGUGUGAGAAAGUCUCAGACUCACAGGUUUGAGACUCGGACCUGUGAUUAUUAACCCUUUGAGAUGUUCAUUUUCACCCUGAGUGGGAAAAUGAACUUGAAAGACUUGAAACUAAAUAGUGAGACCAAAGACUCAUGAGGCUUCUCACACCCGUCCUGCACGUGCUGAAACUGCUCUAUCCUCCACAUUAGACUCCUGAAGACCUCCUGAGAGCCGCUGCAGUGGAGGUGGUUCCUGCUGGAGGAGAGAGAAGAUUAUCUGCCACCUUCUUUGAUGUCUGUGCCCCGAGAAACGACAAGAGGAGGAGGGGGGAUCCCAGUCCUGCCCCCUGAGCGCUUCCAGAUGUCACACAUCCUCCUUUACUGUGAGAACAACAAGCAGAGAACAUACAAGAGGCAUGUCAGCAGCUCCCAUGCCCCCAAACAUCUUGAGACCAUCUUGUUUGUGCUCUCUUAAAAAACGUGAGUCACUUUUAACACGUCUGGGUUCUCCGCUGGAAACACAGACAAGUUUGAGCGUUUUAUGUUCCAAACCGUCAGAAUUUCUCAGAGUUCAGGAGGAGUAAAAACAAAUUCACCCGCAGCUUCGGUGCAGAACAGAAAUGUCUCCUGACCUCAGAGUGAUCAUUUAGCCUCUGUUAACUCUGGAGGAAGGGCUGAUGAGGUCAAAGGUCAAAACACUUGACCCAAAGGGCACGUCUUUGUCAGUUUACCUGAGGGUCCUACCUGAGGAUGUAGGAGCGGAUUUUAAACGCACGAUUUAACGUCAGGAUGAUUCAGCUGCAGGAAAAAACACCAGACUGCAGCUUCACAUGAAAUUAAAAAAGCAAACCUUACUCUUUUGUCCCUCUGUGCUGCUGUAGAAACAUGACUCAUUCUGAGUUAACAAAGACCUAAAAAGAACUUCAAUAUUCAGAUUAUUAUUCAUGCAUUUGAAUACCAAAUACUGCAAACUGUACCUUUAAGAUGUGACAUUUCAGCACCUCUGGACUGAAAUCAGGCAACAAUCCUGCAUGUUGGAUUUAUAUUUGACUUUCAUGAUCAUAAAUCUGUCACUCCAGACUGUCUCCGCUCUUUUCUGUGAGUUUAGAGUGAAUUUCCGUCCAUGCAGAAGUUUCCUUAUGCAACAGUGACGAUGCUCUGCCGCCAUCUAGUGGAGAAAAGGUGAAACAUGAAGAGCUGCAGGAAAGACGAGAUUUGAACAUAUUUUCUGUUCUGAGGAUUCUGCAGGACAAUCAAUGCAAAACAAACCUUAAAAAACAAGCCUUGGCCUUAUUCAGAGUCUCUCUCUUUGUAAAAACAGGAACAAAAAGAUAGAGAGAGUAUUUGUAAAUCAAAAACAACCAAACCUCAAUCCUUCACUCAGUAUUUUUGUUGUGAAUGUGUGUUUAAUAGUCGGAUACAAAAGUCUGACUAACAGUCAUAUUUGCUUGAAACUUUAACAGGUUUUAUGGACCUGAAGUCUGCAGUCUGAAUUUAUUUUACCUCCUCCUGGAAUCUCUCACCACACGUCCAGAUUUUCACACCUGAAAGCGAAACCACGAGAAGAAUGGGGACCUGGGCGGCUGUCAGGAGGAUGGUGGUUUUCAGGUAUUUGUCGGACUGAUCAAGUGUCAGCAUCAGAUAUGCUCUUCCCUCUGUAUUUACAGCGGCUGCCGCCUGAUUAGUUUACACAAUGAUUAACCUGAGCCGGCUCCCCCUGAGGUCAAAGAGCAUUUCCAGAGCUGAGAUUUCACUCAGUGUGUGGAGAGGACGCUCAUCUGUGGAAGGUAAGUUUGAGCUCACGCUACACCGCAGCUUUUACUCAUGAAUCAAUGAACGGCUCGUCUUUCUGUCGGUUUUUACGUGUGAAGCAGAUGUUUUUUAGCGCAGGUUGAAAGAGUUUUAACUGCACAGAAGUUCACAGAAAAUGUUCUGGAUCCUUAAAGGUGGGCGUUGGCUGUAAGAAGGGACUUCAUUUGUCCAAAUUCACAUGUAGAAGCAGGAACUUAAAGGGUUUUAAAGGUAAAUGUGGCCUGUAACAAGAGAUGGAGCUCCGAGUUCAAACUCAAAAUAGUCUCCAGGAGAGAGCACCCAGCGUGUCUCUGCAGGGGGAGAAGAGGGCAGUCGGUCUUAGCUGGGUCACCGUGAACCGCCUCCUCCUCAUCUGUCCACUGAAGCUGAUGCUGCGCUCCUGUCGGACACGUCAGAAAAACCAGGUCUGGAGUCUGAAAAUGUUCAGGAUGCUCGCUGGAGUUGCGAGGAUUUGGUGCCUGACUUUCCAGCUUGACUUUGUUUGAUCCGACUUGAUGCACAUCAACUUUCUGCACAAGUAUAAUUCAUCAUGUUUUCUGGGAUUUAACCUGUAAAAACAUGAAAGUAAAGCAAUAUUCCUGUGUCAGCAUUUAACCUUCAUUUAAAAGAAUUUCAAAAUAAGAGCACAAGCAAGAACGACUUCUGAACUGCGAAACGUCUGAGGAGCACACGAGCGCAGCGUUAUCAUGCACCAUGCCAAGGAUUCAGAGGUUUGACGGUUCAGCUGGUAAAAAAUUAAAAGGAGAGCAUUAGUCGCUCUCUGCAGGAGGUCCAGUGUUUUAUUUGUCCAUUCAAGGCCACUGUAGGAACAUCAGAACCACCAGACUUCUGUGAGGGAGGCUCAGAGUGAACAAACGUUUUCAAAAAUCUGCGCUCAAGUCUAGAUUUGUGUUUUUGAAGCACUUAUUUUUGUCUUUGUCAGGUUCCAGUAAUUACAGAAAAAAUGUCUGAAACUGUUACAGGAAGGAUCCCCACAGAUCCUGGUUUUAAAGAGGAAAUCUGCUGGGUUAGAAAAGGGCGAGGUCGAGGCCGCCAACAGCAGAAAAUCAUCUUACUCUCAGAAACUCACCGUCUAUCUCUGCUCUUUGCAGGAACACCUGAUCCGGCAGUGAUGGAGCAGUUUGAGGGCUUAACUCCAGCGGAAACCUUUCAGAGAGUUUCUGCCUCUCUGGGCUGUGACCCCACGUCUGUGAAGGUGGCGACGUACCUGGAUGAACACGACAAACUGAGCCACCUCAGAGAGGAUUUCCACCUGCCGAAAAUCGCAGAUUUACCUCCUUGUGGGUCCAAAGUGACGCUCUAAAAUGCUGCGUUUAAGUUCACAGAGCGGCGCGUUUGAUUUGUCUUUCUCUGAUGUCUCUGCAGCCGAUCUGUCGCUGGUCGACGGCAGUCAGGAGUGUCUGUACUUUGUGGGGAACUCGUUAGGUCUUCAGCCUAAAAUGGCCAGAAAAUACCUGGAGGAGGAGCUGGAGAAGUGGGCCAAGACGUAGGUUCACUCUCAAGUUUCCCUAAAGGAUGUUAUUCAGAGGAUAAAUGUGGGUUUUAAAUGCAUCACGGAGCGGUUUCUCUUUCAGGGCCAUCCACGGUCACACUCAGGGGUCACGACCUUGGGCGUGGGCUGAAAACAAUAUCGAGAAGCUCAUGGCUGACGUUGUGGGUAAGUGACGCAGGAAGAAUUAUUAUGAUAAGAGCGAUUAAACACAUAGAGCUGAAGUGAUUCUGUGUCUCUGACCCUUAUCACCUGUUUGGUAAGUCCCUCCUCAAGCUGCCGGUCCAGGUCAGUGCACUUUUUGUAGGGUCCAGAGUCCAUGUGGAGCCCGCAGUCACAAACAGGCAGAUUUAGAUGUAUAGGCUGCAGAGGGGAAGAGCUUAUUCAUGAAGUUUUCACACAGGACACUUGAAGUGUUCAGGUUUCCUAAUCUGGUCUGAUGUUCAGGCUCAAACGGGUCAGAAAUGACGAGUUUCAGGAGAAUGAAAAGUCCAAAGUUUGAGUGAAUAAAGGCAGGAAUCCUGUCUUAGUGGAGCUGAGUCUGUGAUCUCUCAGAUAGAUGUGCAGCUCUGUGGCGUGAAGGUUGUUUUUUCCUCUUCCAGGAGCUAAAGAAGAGGAGGUGGCGCUGAUGAACGGCCUGACGGUGAACCUGCAUCUUCUCCUGGUGAGGUUCACUCUCUGUCUGGAUGUGAGGACCGGAGAGGACCUGCAGAUCCAGGACUGUUUCUGUCUCCUCUGUAAAUAAACUCUUGACUUUCUUUUCUGCAGCUGGCUUUCUACAAACCCACAGCGACCCGACAUAAAAUCCUCCUGGAGGACAAAGCCUUCCCGUCAGACCAUGUGAGUAUUUUUCACCGAGGUCAAAGUUCAGACGCUGAAAUCUUUGUUUUUUUCUCUAUAAAAUCCUCCAUAACAAAUUCCUCCUUUACUGCCUGGUUGUGCUGCUGCUGACUUUUGACCCAGGCUCAGUGGAUGUUCAUGUGACGAACUGAUCGGAGGGUCUAAACAAAGUAAUGGCGGUAUUUUCACAAAUGUCACUCGUGUCUCUCCUCCUGUCCUCAGUACGCCGUGGAGUCUCAGAUCAGACUGAAAGGACUGGACCCUCAGGAGAGCAUGUUGCUGCUGUCGCCCAGAGCGGUAAUGAGGUUACGAAACUUACUCACAACCUUUAUAUGUUCUGUAAAACCUGACACAGGUUCAAGGUUCGAACUGUUUCCUGUUCAGGGUGAAGAAACUCUGAGAACUGAAGACAUCCUGGACGUGAUCCAGAAGGAGGGAGACUCCAUCGCCGUGGUGAUGUUCAGCGGGGUUCAGUACUACACCGGACAGCUGUUCAACAUGGCCGCCAUCACUGAGGCCGGACACAAAAAGGUAAAAUCUGAAACGCCAUCUUUACAAAGCCGGAGGUUUCCAGCAGCACUGACCUGUUCCAUCCCGUCGCUCUCAGGGCUGUUUCGUGGGUUUCGAUUGCGCCCACGCUGCAGGCAACGCAGAGCUGAAGCUGCACGACUUGGGGGUCGACUUUGCCUGCUGGUGUUCCUACAAGGUAGGCUGACAGGAAAGGGUUUGUGUUUGUUAAAGGGAGGUUACGUGUUUUAAAUCCAGGACAUGUAUAAGCCAUGACCCCACUGUCUCCUCUCAGUACAUCAACUCAGGUGCCGGUGGUCUAGCUGGAGCGUUUGUCCACGAGAGGCACAAAGACACCGUCAAACCUGCGUGAGUUUACACACAAAACAGACUUUUCAUUCACAUUACUGACUCCUGACAACAACAGAAUCAAGAGAUUCUGUGUUUUUCUUGAAAAUCAUUAAAGUUGUCCUGUCUGCUGCUGCAGGUUGAUGGGCUGGUGGGGUCACGACCUGAAAACUCGCUUCAAGAUGAAUAACGGUAGAAAAAAGUCUGUUUUCUAAAAAGUAAUUUAUCAAAGUCUUAAAUCAGUCGACCUAGUGUGUCUUUGAGGUUGCUCUUUGCUGCCAUCUUGUGGCUCUUCUUGGUGUUACAUCUGAGCGUCACACACAGCACUGUAACCCAAAUACUCUGCUGAUUUAUUGCCACAAAAUGUUCAAAGAAUAGAGAAAAUAUUCAAAGAGUUUAGAGGCAGUUUUUCUCCGAAGGCUCCAGAUGAGUAGAUGAUUAAUGAUGUUAAUGUUGUCAUUAUUUAAAGUGUUCUUUUGGUGUGUGUGUGAACUCUCAGUGAUGGAUCUGCUGCCUGGAGUUAACGGUUUCAGACUCUCCAAUCAGCCUAUUCUGCUGGUCUGCCCCCUACAGGCCAGUUUGGAGGUACUGACACUUUCAGACUUGACUUAAUGAUAAAGCAGAGAGACCCUGUCCUUUACGGCUGAUCUUUGUCGACUUUAUCUCCUCCAGGUGUUCAGUAAGACCACCAUGAAGGCCCUGCGUCAAAAGUCUCUCCUCUUGACGGGCUACCUGGAGUUUCUGAUCUGCCAUUAUUACUCCAAGGACCCCGCCCGGCCCCAGAAACCUUACGUCCGCAUCAUCACGCCCCGCGACCCUGAGCAGAGAGGGUGUCAGUUGUCGCUCUGCUUCUCCGUCCACAUCAGGAAGGUGUUUGAGGAGCUGGAGAGGAGAGGCGUCGCUGUAAGUCUGUUGUGGUUUAUUGAAAACGUGCACGUGUGGGAUGAACUGUUAAGUCAGCUUUGAUGACCUUUGACCUUGUUGACUCUAUUCAGGCUGACAUGAGGGAGCCCAGCGUUCUGCGGGUGGCUCCGGCGCCGAUCUACAACUCCUUCACCGACGUCCAUCGCUUCGUGGAGACACUGGGAGACGCUCUGAAAGCUAGCAGCAGCAGCAGCAGCAGCAGCAAGUGA